ACCAGUCAGACUGUUGAACAGUGAGUGAACGAACAUUGACGGUCUUUCUUUCGCAGCAAACGCAAGUGUUGCGGCAACAGACUGGUGUUUCCCCAAGCAGUGAGGGCAGAGGGGAACUGUGGAGAGGAUUGAAACCAAUGUCCCUUGAGAAAAUAACAUUAUAGUCUCCAAACAUGACUUCAGUUUGGAAGAGACUUCAGCGUGUCGGCAAGAAAGCCUCGAAAUUCCAGUUUGCGGCGACUUUUCAAGAACUGACGGUAGAAUGCACGAAGAAAUGGCAACCAGACAAACUGAGAGUGGUAUGGACCAGGAGAAACAGACGAAACUGCACCAAGCUGCAUGGAUGGCAGCCGGGCAUCAAGAACCCCUACAGGGGCACGGUGGUAUGGCAGGUGCCCGAAAACCUGGACAUCAAUGUCACACUUUUCAAGGAGCCGACUGCAGACGAAUUUGAAGACAAGGACUGGACGUUCAUCAUUGAGAAUGAGACUAACAAGGGCCACAGGAAGGUGCUGGCAUCGGUGGACGUCAACAUGAAGAAGUUUGCCAGCGCCACGCCUGCCCAGUAUGACCUGACGCUGAAGCUCAAGCCUCUGUCGGUGAAGGUGGUGGAGGCCACGCUCAAACUGACCUUGACCUGCGUCUUCCUCAAAGAGGGCAAGGCCACAGAUGAGGACAUGCAGAGUCUGGCCAGUCUGAUGAGCCUGAAGCAGAGUGACAUCGGCAACCUGGAUGACUUCAACGAUAGUGACGAGGAAGAGGGCGGAAGAAGAGCCAGCAUCGGAGCCAGCAUGGGAGCCGCAACUCCCGUCACAGCCUCCACAAGAAGAAUACGUGAUCAGGCAUGGAGACCUGUGAUUGACCCAGAGGCCACAGCUGCCAGUAAGAUGGAUUGGAGUAGCUCAUCUGGCACUGUGUCUACCAUCUCACUUCUGUCACGCCCCCCUCUGCCCGUACCCCUCGACCCCUCCGCCCUGCCUCCCGCCCCUGCCGCCCACUCCCGACUCACCACUGGCCCCGCGGGCACCGCUCAGCAGCCACGACCCUCCCCCUAUGCCUACCAAGUGCCAGCCUUUGUCCGCGCCCACCCACCUGCACUGCCCAAAAUCUUCCAACCCGCUGCUGGCUCAGUGCCCAUAUCUGUAGGCCGGAGGCCCUGUGGCUUCCAGACUGACCCGGCCCUUGACCCUGCCAGUCUUGCUGAGGGCCAUGUGGCCCCUGGUCUCCCCACCUUCUCUCCAUCAAGACCCCUCUCAGCCUCCUUCACUGGGCCUUCCUCCUCUUCCACCUCUCCUCUCUCCUCUUCACCCUCUGCCCCAUCUGUCUUUCCAACUCCCUCUUUCUCUGAUAUUCCACAGACAGCCACCUAUGCUGCUGCUCGCACCAGUGCUUGGAGACCCCAGAGCGUCCCCUCCUUCUCAUCCUCCUCCUUCUCUUCCACCACUAUCGGCACCUCCCCUCCUACUUCCCAGCCCCUUCCUGUCCCCUGUCGGCCCAAAGCAUACAUCACCUCCCUGGCAGAGCCGGGCUCUGCCCUCACUAGGCCUACCAGCCUGCCCUCAGCCCCUGAGACAGUACCCUGGCAGAGUGAAUGGAGACCGCCCAAAUCCCAGGCCCCUCUGGCCCAGCCAGCCCUCUCCCCCAAAUUUCUGCACCCCUCUCCCCCUGACCCAGUGGAGCCUGUGACCCUAGAGCAGACAAAGCGGACCAUGGAGACACCAUUCCCCCCUGCUGUGCUCCAGACUGCAGAAUGGAUGCACCAGGUGGUUCCCACCAUGGUCCACCCCAAUUUGAAGAGGCUGGUCUCCUCUCCUCUGGAGCUCCCCCACUCACCCUUUCCUCUCACCCCCUAUCCUGUUCCUUCUCCUGUGCUCUCUGCUGGCUCUCAGACGCAAGUCCCCACUGCCCCCCUCCCAGCACCAGUCACUGCUCCCCAAGAGACAGAGUUUCAGAGGCAGUUGAGCACUCUGACAGAGGAGGAAUACACCACUGCCACAACUCCCACCCGCACUGCUGGAAUGAUCAGUAUUGCCAAUCAGAGGCCAGACCCAUCAACAUCCUCACUUGACCCAUUGGCUAAGCCCUUUGAGACAAGAGCUGAUGCGAGAAGAUGGGGGGCGGACUCAAUGUUUGGAAUGGAGUUUGUCCAGGGAACGGCAGGACCUGAGAGCAUGACCCCUCUCCUGCCCUUUAGCCCCCGAGCACCCUCUGUUCCGGGGCUCCAAUAUUUUGAGAUGCCAAAACCGAUUGCAAAAAGUCAGGCAGAGGAGAGGUCAAUCAGGGCACUCCCAGUUCCAACACCCCAGCAACCUCUCCCUUUUGCACCCAUGCAAAGGCCUGGCUUACCUGAGCCCACAGUCACAUCCAUGAAGUCACUUGACAGAACGAGGAGUCACUUGAACAAGAUGUCCAUGCAGAUAGGGACACCGUUAGCCAAACCAGAGCCUGAACAGAUUGUGACAGUAACCAGUGGGCAGCAGAGGAUGAUGGCCCCGCCCUCCCACCUCACUGAGUUGCAGACCACACGGCCGUACAGAGUGUCGCAGAGGGGUCUGCCAAAGGAGAAAGACCCAAAGAAAGAGCAGGGGCAGACACUGGUCCCUAAGAAAGAUGCUCCUAAAUAUUCUCCCAAAACAACAAGAGGUUCAAGAUGUUCAAAAGAACAAGGGGUACCCAUGGAUUGGGGAACUAAAAGUAUGGCUGCCUCGCUGCCAUCUUGUCCAAAAGUGUCCAGUUACCCUGGUUUCCCAUCCACAUUGAUUAGGAACAGAUAUAAGGCCCGACCUGAAGAAUGGCCCAUUGAUAAAAGUCCAUUAUGGGAGAAGCCCCUGAAAGGAACACCAAUUAUCACCCCUGCCCCUGAAACGGAUGAGGACCAGAAAGUAAUGGAAAGUAUGGCUGCCAUGUUGCCAAGUUGUCCAAGGGUAGCCAGUGUUCCUGGGUUCCCCUCAGCACCACCACCCAAAACAGAAAGACCAGCACCUCCACACAAAACAGAAAGACCUGCAUCACCACCCAAAACAGAAAGACCGGCAUCACCACCCAAAACAGAAAGACCAGCAUCACCACCCAAAACAGAAAGACCGGCAUUACCACCCAAAACAGGAAGACCAGCACCACCACCCAAAACAGAAAGACCAACAUCACCACCCAAAACAGAAAGACCAGUGCCACUACCCAAAACACAAAUGGAACCAAGUUUGGUGAAUCUAGUGCCAACUUGCACAAGCGUAUCCAGUGCACCUGGUUUGGCCUCCAGGAAACCAAAGGAGACUGAAGGGGCUGAGGCUGUAGGUUGGAGUGUGGAUAAAAAGCUGAAAUGGGAGAGACCACAUGAUGAGAAGACGGUUAUUGAGCUUUCGUCGUCAAUUGCUUUAGACCAAGUGUAUGGAGACAAAGAAAUGUUGAAACGUAUGGUAGUGCUUGUCCCAUUUUGUCCAAGUGAGAGUACUAUUCCUGGUUUUCAAUCUGUUCCAAGGCCCAAAGCUCAGGUUGUGCCAAGCAUGGUUAACAUAAUGCCAACUUGCCCAAGGGUAUCUAGAGUUCCUGGACUGCCAACCAUAGACCCGGCAAAGACAGUAGACUGGCCAGUAGAUACAAAGGCUCUGUUUAAUAAGUUACCUAAAGAAGUAGAAUUAUUGAUGGUCCGUUUAGAGGACGUUGGCACAGUUUAUAAUGAUAGUGAAAAGGUCAAGAAAAUGGUGGAUCUUAAACCAUCCUGCCCCAAAACAGCCAGUAUUCCUGGCUUCCCAUCUGAAACAAUGCAAGAGCCUACUAAAUUGUCCAAUGUUGGGACAAGAAAGUUUUCUGAAUCUGAACUGAAUAUGGUUAACCUUCUGCCUACAUGCCCUUUAAUGGCCAGAGUUUCCGGUUUACCCUCUAAACUGCCAAUUAAGUCAGAUAAUGUUGACUGGCAUGCUAACAGUAGGCCUAUUUUGGAGAGACCAUUGAAGAACAGAGCACUUUCUGUAGCGCAGGAAAUGCGACAAAAGGACAAAGAACUUACCAAAAAUAUGGUAGAUAUGUUACCAUCUUGCCCGAAUAAGGCCAGGAUUCCAGGUUUACCCUCUGUAUCUAGGCAGAAGCUAGUAGACACACCAAUUAUGACCAGUCUUCUGUCUACAUGCCCUAGACUUUCUACGGUUUCUGGUUUACCCUCCAAACAGACAAUCAGUUCUAGAGAUGCUGAUUGGCUUGUGGACAGAAAGCCACUGUGGGAAAAGCCAUUGAGGAAAAUGGAUGUGAUGAUUCAACCAAUUUCCUCAGCUCUUACCAUUGCAUAUAAAGACAAAAUGAUGUUGAAAUAUAUGGUAGCCAUGUUACCAUCGUGCCCAAGGAAGGCCAGUAUUCCUGGCUUUCCUUCAAAACUGAAGCAGAGGCUAGGAUCCCCAAGAAUGAUCAUGAAGUAUGAUCUUCUUCCUACUUGCCCUAAACUUUCCAGAGUUUCUGGUUUACCCUCUAGACAUCCAACUGAGUCAGAACCUGACUACUGGCAUGCUAUCAGACGGCCAAUAAUAGAAAAGCCAUUGAGGAAAACAGUUGAGCUGAUCCCUUCACCUUCUGUAGCACAUGCAACGUCAUAUGAGCACAAUGAACUUGUGGUUCCUCUCUUACCAUCUUGCCUGGAAAAGGCUGGUGUAGCUGGUGUAGAAUCUAUGCCAAGUCAAGAGUCAAAUAUCCUCAGUCUUCAUCCUACUUGCCAUAAACUUCCCAGAGUACCUGGUUUACCCUCUAGACUUCCAAACAAUUCAGAUGAUAUUGACUGGAAAGUGGACUGCAGUCCACUGUGGGAGAAGCCAUUGAAGAAAAGAGAAGGACCUAUUUUACAAGAUCAGGAAAUGGCAUUCAAAGACACUGAAAUUCUGAAAGACAUGGUAGCCAUGUUGACAACUUGCCCAAGGAAGGCUAGUAUUCCUGGCUUCCCAUCUGCACCAAGGCAAGAGCCAAGUAUGGUUAACAUAAUGCUUACUUGUUCAAGGGUAUCUAAAGUUCCUGGAUUGGCAACUAUAGAACAGACACAAAUAGUAGAAUUACCAGUUGACAAAAAGUCACUGUCACCCAGAGAAUGGCCUGAUGAAUCAAUGUUCCAUUUGGAGAAUGAUGGCAGAGUCGAUCAUAAUAGUGAAGUGGUCACAAACAUGGCAGCUCUGAAACCAUCCUGCCCAAACGCAGCCAGUAUUCCUGACAUCGCCUCAGCAUUAAGGCAUGAACCAAGCAUGGUUAACCUUCUGCCUACUUGCCCUAGAUUGGCCAGAAUUUCUGGUUUACCCUCCAAACACCCAACAAUGUCUAGACAUGAAAAUUGGAUUGUGGACAGAAUGCCAAUCUGGGAGAAGACAUUGAGGGAAUUGGAUGUAACGAUUCAACAAAUGUAUCCAGCUCAUGAAACAUAUAUGGUAAAACAUAUGGUAGCUAUGGUACCAUCUUGCCCCAGGAAGGCCAGUAUUCCUGGCUUCCCUUCUGCACCAACGCAGGAGCCGAAUAUGGUUAACCUUCUGCCUACUUGCCCUAGACUGGCUAGAAUUUCUGGUUUACCCUCCAAACAGCCAAAUAAGUCUGCAAAUGUUGAGUGGCAUGCUAACAGCAGGCCACUCUUGGAGAGACCAUUGAGGAAGAGAACAGCAUGUCUAAUGCAGGAAAUGCCACACAAGGACAAUGAGCUAAUGAAAAAUAUGGUGGCCAUGUUACCAUCUUGCCCAAGGAAGGCUAGUGUCCCUGGCUUUCCAUCUGCACCAAGGCAAGAGCCAAGUAUGGUUAACAUAAUGCCAAAUUGUCCAAGGGUAUCUAGCGUUCCUGGAUUGGCAGCUAUCGAACAGACACAAACAGUAGAGUGGCCAGUUGAUAAAGAGUUACUGUUGCCAUCUAGAGAAAGGCCAGAAGAAUCAAUGUUCCAUUUGGACGAUAUUGACACAGUCUAUCAUGAUACGGAAAUUGUGAAAAAUAUGGUAGCUUUGUCACCAUCCUGCCCCUGGAAGGCCAGUAUACAUGGCUUCCCCUCUGCACCACAGUCGAAGCUAGAAGACACACCAAGUAUGAUCAGUCUUCUGACUACUUGCACUAAACUUUGUAAGGUUUCUGGUUUACCCUCUAUAGAGCGAAUCAGGUCUAGAGAUGAAUAUUGGCUUGUGGACAGAGUGCCACUAUGGGAGAAGCCGUUGAGGGAAAGGGGUGUGCCAAUUCUAGACAUUUCUCCAGCUCAUGAUAAAGACAAAGAUCUGAAACAUAUGGUAGCUAUGGUACCGUCUUGCCCCAGGAGAACCAGUGUACCUGGCUUCCCUUCUGCACCAAGGCAGAGAUCAGUAGAAACCCCAAGUAUGGUGAAUCUUGUGCCUACUUGCCCAAUGGUAUCGACUGUUUCUGGAUUGCCAGCUUUGGAUCUGAAUCAGGCACCAGAUUGGUCAGUAGAUAAAGAUUAUUUGAACAUUUCACCAAGAAAAAGGUCAGGAUUAUGUUCAGAUAAUGUUGGCACAGUCUAUAAUGAUAGUGAAAUGGCCAGUACCAUGCUUGCUCUUACACCAUCCUGCCCAAGAGCAGCCAGUAUUCCUGGCUUCCCCUCUGCACCAAGGCAAGAGCCAAUUAUGAUUAACCUUCUGCCUACUUGUCCUAGAUUUUCCAGAGUUUUUGGUUUACCUUCUAGACAUCUGCAUAAGUCUGAAAAUGUUGUCUGGCAUGCUAACUGGAUAACACUUUUGGAGAGGCCAUUUAAGAAAAUAACAGUUUCUUUGGUACAGGCAAUGCCACAUGACAACAACAACGUUACAAAUAACACGGUAGAUAUGUUACCAUCUUGCCCGAAGAAGGCCAGGAUUCCUGGUUUUCCCUCUGUGCCACAUCCCAAAGCUGAGGUAGAUCUUAGUAUGUUGAGUCUUGUUCCUGCUUGUCCAAAAGUUUCCAGUCUCCCGGGUUUCGCAUCCAUUGAAGGGCCUACAACAUUAGAGUGGCUUGUUGACCCCAAGCCUAUGUUUGAACACUUGCAAAAGAAGGAAGAGGAAGAAGACAUUUUUCCAAAAGACCGACCAAAAGAAGACACUGAAAAAAUGAAAGCAAUGGUUGCUUUGGUGCCAUGUUGCCCAGUAGCAUCCAUGAUUCCUGGUUUCCCUUCUGCACCACGCAAAAAGGCUGAGGAGACACCAAGUAUGAUGCAUAUUGUUCCCUCCUGCCCUAAAACUUCUAGUCUCCCAGGUUUUCCAUCCAUUGUGGGAAAUAGGGAAACAGGGUGGGUAGUUGAUGAGAGGCCAUUUUACAAGAGACCACCAAAUGAGAGGAAAGUCAUUUUCGACAGCUCAAAAGCAGACAAAGAGGAAAUGAAAAUCAACAUUCCUUUGAGGCAAUCAUGCCCUCAUGUUGCUCGGAUCCCUGGCUUCCCAUCUGCACCACAAACCAAUAGGUUGAGUCUUGUUCCCACGUUCCCUAACGUUUCCAACCUACCGGGUCUCGCAUCCACUGAGGGGGGUACAACGUUAGAGUGGUUUGUUGACCCCAAGCCUAUGUUUGACCACUUGCAGAAGAAGGAAGACGUUUUUCCAAAAGACGGAUCACAGCAAGACAUUGACAAAAUGAAAGCAAUGUUUGCUUUGAUGCCAUCUUGUCCUGAAGCAUCUGUGAAUCCAAGCUUUCCCUCUGUACCUGCGAAGAAGUUUGCAGACACACUAAGCAUGAUCAGUCUUCUGCAGACUUGCCCUAAAGUUUCUAAAGUUUCUGGCUUACCUUCGAGACUUCCUAUCAAUUCAGAUAAAGAUGGCUGGUGUGUAGACAAGAGGCCACUGUGGGAGAGGCCAUUAAAUAAUAGAGGCACACUAUCCUUUUGUCCAGUGCAAACAUUAUCAUUCAAAGAGAGAGCGAUGAUUACAAUUAUGGUGUCUAUGUUACCACCUUGCCCAAUAAAAGCCACCAUCCCAGGCUUUCCCUCAUCGUCACGGCACAAGUCGGAUAGGGCUCAUGUUAAGGUGAUCCCAAGCAUGGUAUGUCUAUGGCCUACCUGCCCGAAAUAUUCAAGGGCUUCAGGUUUCCCCUCAAGACGUCCAUCCAAGGCAGGACAUGAUGGCUGGCAUGUUGACAGGGAGACAUUUUGGGUUAAAUCUUUGAGGAAAGGAGAGGGGCUUAAUCUCCAGCUUUCUCCAGUUGACGAUAUGUCAUUCAGAGACAGAGAAAUAAUGACAAGUAUGGUACCAUCAUGCCCAGCCAAAGCCACCCUUCCUGGCUUCCCAUCGGCUCCACAAGCCAAAGCCUCUCACGUUGAAGUAGAAAAAGAGCCAUGCAUGACUUCCCUUUUCCCAUCUUGUCCGGAAGUGUCUCGUAUCAUUGGUUUUCCUUCAAGACAAUUGAUCAUGUUGGAUGAUGGUUAUGUAGAGGGCUGGCCGAUGGUCAAGAGUGUAGUCUGGGAGAAAUCACCAACGAGGGUUGCUAAUACUCUGGAAUGCUCUCCAUUUGAGGGAGACUGUUGUUACAGAGACAAAGUCAUGCUAAAGGCAAUGUUAUCUCUUAUACCAUCAUGUCCAUGUUUUGCUUUGAAUCCAGGUUUCCCAUCUCUUCAGAUUUGUCCAUCUGAGGAAAUGUCAUUUAGAGACAGAGAAAUAUUGACAAGUAUUGUGCUGUCAUGCCCAGCAGAAGCCACCCUUACUAACUUCCCAUCGGGUCCACGAGCAAAAGAUGCUCAUGUUAAAGUCGAGAAAAAGCCAUGCAUGACUAAUCUUUCCCCAUCUUGCCCGGAAGUUUCUAGUAUAAUUGGUUUCCCUUCAAGACAGUCAGUCAUGUCUGAUCACGCUUAUGUAGAAGGCUGGCCGACAGUCAAGAAUGUACUCUGGGAGACACCACCAACGAGGGUUGCUAAUACUCUGGAUACUCUGGAAUGCUCUCCAUUUGAGGGAGACUGUUGUUACAGAGACACACGCAUGAUAAAGGCAAUGUUAUCUCUUGUACCAUCCUGCGCAAGUGUUGCUCUAAGUCCGGGCUUUCCAUCUGUGUCUCAGCUCAUUGUAGAGAAGCUUCCAAGUAUGGUGAAUAUUGUGCUAUCUUGCCCCAACAUUUCUAAUGUCAUUGGGCUCCCAUCCAUAAAGAUAGAACUAGCAGAGCAGGAUCCAGUUAAGGGUUGGCCAGCUGACCAAAAGCCAUUGUUCGAGAAGCCAGUGAAGGCGAGGAUCUCUGUGACUGUACUUUCAUCCCCAGUUAUGAGUAGAUUAAAAGAUGACAAAGAGUUUGACAGACAUAUGAUGGCCCUGGAGCCAACAUGUCCAGAAGAAGCCAAAAUACCUGGUUUUCCCUCUGCCCCAAGACCAAAGACAAAGCAAUACAUCACUGCUACAGUUAAAUCAUCAUGCUCCAAUGUUGUCAAAGUCUCUGGCUUUCCCUCUUUACAACCAGAGAAAGUAGAUAAGGUUUUAGUAGAGAACUGGGCUGUGGAAGAUGGACCAUUAAGGCAGCAAACACAGAAAGAGAUUCCAGCUAUUGGAGUCAGUAGAUCAGAUGAUGCCAAAGGAAUGGCAGCUAUGUUACAAUCUUGCCCAAAAGACGCUAGUAUACAUGGCUUUCCAUCAGCACCAUGGCCGAUAGAAGAACAAGAGCCAAACAUGCCCAGUCUUUUGUUAACUUGCCCAAUGGUUACACAUGUCCAAGGGAUUCCAUCCACAAAGACGCAAAAUCAAGAGGAUCCUCCAAUUCAUCAGUGUCCUGUGGAGGAGAAGCCAUUUUGGGAAAAGUCACUGAAAGAGAAAACAGUGCAGUGUCUGGCUCCCACUCAUGAUGAAUUAGAGAAGGGAAUGGUGUCUAUGUUGCCAUCUUGCCCAAGUGAGGCCAUUGACCCUGGCUUUCCAUCGACACAUUGUCAAAUGCCUCUCGACAGUGAUUUGUCUAUAAAUCAACAGUCAAGUCGAGGUGAAAGGAUGGAAUGGGCAGAGGAGAUAUAUGACUGCAAGGAGGGCCAAACAGAGUUUAGCCACAAACCCAAACGAAUCGAAUCAGUGGUGAAUGAGAACAAACAAGAAUUUAAACAUGGCUCAGUUUUGGAGAGGCUCAAGGAAGAGGGGGUCAUUCAGACCCGAUAUGAGGCGCAAGAAGUGGGCGUUCUAGAAAGAGGACACUUGCACUGCCGAAUGUGGCACUCCAUUCCUACAGACAUGCCAUUGUUCUUGACUGUCAGAGAGAGCCCUUCGUGUCAGUCUCCCGCUCAAGGGGGACAGCCAUUACCGUAUGGGAUGGGAGCAGCUGUUGACAAUGAGCCAAAAGACAUUUCACACAGCCAGAUGGCGUGUGAGGUUGUGGCACUAGUAGAGUAUCAAGUUGUAGAAGACUUGGACAUGAUAUGUGAGGAAGAAGCGGUAGAUGAAGUCUCAGAGUCAGUCUCUGGAAUAGAGCAUUCUGGGAAGGAAGAGGUUACUGUGGCUAGGCAGUUGAAAGUUUAUGAGAUGCGACCUCAAAAUAUGGCUUCAUCAUCACCAAGAGUUGCCAGUGCACCAGGGUUUCCAUCCACUCAAGCGUCCUUUUCAGAGGCUCAAUUGGAAGACUGCCCAGUGGACACGAGCAUAUUAUGGGAGAAACCAACAAAGGACGGUCCACAGCUGGCCAUGGAUAGAUCAAAAGAGGAGAGAGACAUGGUGAGAUUUAUGGCAGAUAUAGUCCCAUCUUGCCCAAGAACUGCCAGCAUUCCAGGCUUUCCGUCUACACAUCUGUCCAAAGAAGUCGAGGUAGAGAGGGAACCUAACAUGGCAGAUCUAAUGCGAAGAGCGGCUGGCACACUCAUAUUCCCUUCUCUUGAAAGUCAGGUAGAGGAGUAUACAGUCAACACUGAGGCAAUUUGUGAGAAGACAGUGAAGGGGAAAGAAGGGGUGACCAUUAGGUCCAGUCCACAUUUGGACAGAUUACAAGAAGAGCUAAUGAAACACAUGGUGACUGUGGAGCUAUCGUGCCCUACUGCAGAAAGUAUUCCCGGCUUCCCCUCUGCACCACACCCCAAAGCUGAGGUAGAUCUAAGUAUGUUGAGUCUUGUGCCCGCUUGUCCUAAAGUAUCCAGUCUCCCGGGUUUCGCAUCCACUGAGGGGGCUGCAACAUUAGAGUGGCUUGUUGACCCUAAGCAUAUGUUUGAGCACUUGGAGAAGAAGAAAGAAGAAGAAACUGUUUUUCCAAAGGACAGAUCAAAAGAAGACAGUGAAAAAAUGAAAGCAAUGGUUGCUUUGAUGCCAUGUUGCCCAAAACCAUCACUGAUUCCUGGUUUCCCCUCUGCACCACAUCCAGAAGCUGAAGUGGUGACAAGUAGUGUGAAUCUUGUUCCCUCCUGCCCUAAAGUUUCUAGUCUCCCUGGUUUUCCAUCCAUUGAGAAGGAUAGGGAAGCAGGGUGGGUUGUUGAUCAGAGCUCAUUGUUCAAGAUACCGUUAAAGGAUAGGAAAGUCAUUAUUGACAACUUAAAGGUAGACAAAGAGGAAAUUAAAACCAACUUUUCAAUGCGGCCUUCAUGUCCUGACGCUGCAAGGAUCCCUGGCUUCCCGUCUGCACCACAACCCAAUAUGUUGAGUCUUCCCACUUUCCCUGAAGUUUCCUGUCUCCCUGGUUUCACAUCUACUGAGGGGAUUACAACAUUAGAGUGGCUUGUUGACCCCAAGCCUAUGUUUGAGCACUUGCAGAAGAGUAAGAAAGAAGAAGUUUUUCCAAAAGACAAAUUUAGGAAGGAAGACAUUGAAAAAAUGAAAGCAAAGGUUGCAUUGGUGCCAUGUUGCCCAGAAGCAUCCAUGAUUCCUGGCUUCCCCUCUGUACCGCAACCCCAAGAUAUAUAUUUUGAGCCAACUAUACUCAGCCUUCUUUCAUUGUGUCCAAAAGUCUCCAGUAUUGCAGGUUUCCCAUCUCGUCAGCAAACUGACAGAAAAGAUUGGCACACAGAUCUGCCCCAGGAUCAUCAGCCAUUUUGGGAGAAGCAAAUGAAGGUGAACCCAGUUUUGAAAAUGGAAACGUCAGAAAAAGACCAAGCCAAGACGAACGGAAUUGUGGCUCUGGUACCAUCUUGUCCCAAAGUGGCUCGCAAUCCUGGUUUCCCAUCUGUAUCACAACCCAAAGAGGUCUACUAUGGGCCAAGUAUUGUCAGUCUAUCAUGUCCAAAAGUCUCCAGUAUUGCAGGUUUCCCAUCCCGUCAGCAAACUAACAGAAAAGAUUGGCACACAGAUCUGCCCGAGGAUCAUCAGCCAUUAUGGGAGAAGAAAAUGAAGGUGAAGCCUGUUGUUAUAAUGGAAAGAUCAGAAAUAGACAAAGAAAGUAUGAAAGGAAUAGUGGCUCUGGUUCCAUCCUGUCCAAAAAUGUCUCUGGUGCCUGGUUUCCCAACUAUACCACAACCCAAAGAGGUCUAUUAUGGGCCAAGUAUGAUCCGUCUAUCAUGUCCAAAAGUCUCCCGUAUUGCCGGUUUCCCAUCCCGUCAGCAAACUGACAGAAACGAUUGGCACACAGAUCAGCCUGAGGAUCAUCAGCCAUUAUGGGAGAAGCAGAUGAAGAAGAUGAUGUUAUUGAUGGAAAUAUCAGAAAAACAGAAACAAGAUAUGAAAGAAAUGUUGGCUCUGGUACCAUCUUGUCCGAAAGUGGCUCGUAUCCCUGGUUUCCCAUCUGUACCACAACCCAAAGUAGUAUAUUACGGGCCAAGUAUUGUCAACCUUCUUCCAUUGUGUCCAAAAGUCUCCAGUAUUGCAGGUUUCCCAUCCCGUCAGCGAACUGACAGCAAAGAUUGGCACACAGAUCUGCCUGAGGAUCAUCAGCCAUUAUGGGAGAAGAAAAUGAAGGUGAAGCCUGUUGUUAUAAUGGAAAGAUCAGAAAUAGACAAAGAAAGUAUGAAAGGAAUAGUGGCUCUGGUUCCAUCCUGUCCAAAAAUGUCUCUGGUGCCUGGUUUCCCAACUGUACCGCAACCCAAAGAGGUCUAUUAUGGGCCAAGUAUGAUCCGUCUAUCAUGUCCAAAAGUCUCCCGUAUUGCCGGUUUCCCAUCCCGUCAGCAAACUGACAGAAAAGAUUGGCACACAGAUCAGCCUGAGGAUCAUCAGCCAUUAUGGGAGAAGCAAAUGAAGAAGAAGAUGAUGUUAUUGAUAGAAAUAUCAGAAAAACAGAAACAAGAUAUGAAUGAAAUGUUGGCUCUGGUAGCAUCUUGUCCGAAAGUGGCUCGUAUCCCUGGUUUCCCAUCUGUACCACAACCCAAAGUAGUAUAUUAUGGGCCAAGUAUGAUCGGUCUAUCAUGUCCAAAAGUCUCCAGUAUUGCCGGUUUCCCAUCCCGUCAGCAAACUGACAGCAAAGAUUGGCACACAGAUCUGCCUGAGGAUCAUCAGCCAUUAUGGGAGAAGCAAAUGAAGGUGAAGCCUGUUGUUAUAAUGGAAAGAUCAGAAAUAGACAAAGAAAGUAUGAAAGGAAUAGUGGCUCUGGUUCCAUCCUGUCCAAAAAUGUCUCUGGUGCCUGGUUUCCCAUCUGUACCGCAACCCAAAGAGGUCUAUUAUGGGCCAAGUAUUGUCAACCUUCUUCCAUUGUGUCCAAAAGUCUCCAGUAUUGCCGGUUUCCCAUCCCGUCAGCAAACUGACAGCAAAGAUUGGCACACAGAUCUGCCUGAGGAUCAUCAGCCAUUAUGGGAGAAGAACAUGAAGGUGAAGCCUGUUGUUAUAAUGGAAAUAUCAGAAAUAGACAAAGAAAGUAUGAAAGGAAUAGUGGCUCUGGUUCCAUCCUGUCCAAAAAUGUCUCUGGUGCCUGGUUUCCCAUCUGUACCGCAACCCAAAGAGUUCUAUUAUGGGCCAAGUAUUGUCAACCUUCUGCCAUUGUGUCCAAAAGUCUCCAGUAUUGCAGGUUUCCCAUCCCGUCAGCGAACUGACAAACAUUAUUGGCACACAGAUCUGCCUGAGGAUCAUCAGCCAUUAUGGGAGAAGCACAUGGAGGUGAAGCCAGUUGUGAUAACGGAAAGAUCAGAAAUAGACAAAGCCGAGAUGAAAGGAAUAGUAUCUCUGGUACCAUCUUGUCCGAAAGUGGCUCGUACCCCUGGUUUCCCAUCUGUACCACAACCCAAAGAGGUAUAUUAUGGACCAAGUAUCAUCUGUCUUUCAUGUCCAAAUGUCUCCAGUAUUGCAGGUUUCCCAUCCAAUCAGCAAACUGAAGGAAAAGAUUGGCACACAGCUCCACCCAAGGAGCAUCAACCAUUAUGGGAGAAGCAAAUGAAGAAGCUGAUUUUAUUAAUGGAAAUAUCAGAAAAAGACAAACAAGAAAUGAAAGGAAUGGUGGAUCUGGUACCAUCAUGCCCUACUGCAGCAAGUAUUCCUGGCUUCCCCUCUGCACCACAUCCCAAAGCUGAGGUAGAUAUAAGUAUGUUGAGUCUUGUGCCCACUUUCCCUAAAGUUUCCAGUCUCCCUGGUUUUGCAUCCACUGAGGGGGCUACAUAUUUAGACCCCAAGCCUAUGUUUGAGCUCUUGGAGAAGAAGAAAGAAAACAUUCUCCCAGAAGACGGAUCAAUAGAAGACAUUGACAAAACAAGAGCAAUGGUUGCUUUGGUGCCAUGUUGCACAGAAGCAGCCGGGAUUCCUAGCUUCCCCUGUGCACCACAACCUAAGAAGGAAGUAAAUAGUGUGGAUUUCACACAAUCGUGCCCCAAAAUCUCCAGUCUACCAGGUUUGCCAACUACGGCCAAAGUCCCGACAGGAAAUUCGCAGGUUGAACAGAAGCCUCUGUUUGAGAAGACACUGAAAGAUGAGACCAUAAGAAUCCAAGAUAGGUCAGCAGAAUUCAAAGGAAAUAUGAAAAAUCUAGUGGCACGUGAGAGUCUCACACCUGGGUUCCUGUCCUUACCACAACCUAAAGCAAUGGAAGAACAAACCAUGUCUGCUCUACACCCAUCUUGUACAAAUGAAUCUACAGUAGCUGGAUUACCUUCUAGACAGCCAAUUGAAUUAGCUCUGGCCCGGGGAGAAGAAUCUGUGAGUUCUAUGCAGCCAUUGUAUGAAAAACCCUUGAAGGAUAGGUCAGAGGAUACUGUACUUUUCAAGCCUGACCUAGGCAGUGCAGUUGGAGAUGAAGGCCUUAAAACUAUGGUUGCACUGGCACCAUCUUGCCCUGAGGCAGCAAGCGUUCCUGGUUUUCCAUCUGUGCCCCCUCACAGUCCAGAGUCUGUAGAGGCACAUGAGACAAGUAUGCAGACAAAGGAGAAAGAGGUUGCUGGAGAACCAGCAGAGUAUGUUCUAGAUAAGGGUGUCCUCAGCAGCCCACAAAUAGAGAAGUCCACACCUGAGGAGAUCCCAAAGCCCUCAGCAGUGUCAGAACCAGAGCUAGUCUUGGGGUGGGAGGUGCUGGAGGCUGAUGGUUCUGUGGCAGAGAAGCCAGAGGAGGCCUCUGGUCUUCUACAGAAUAUUGUUGAUGUCUUCUCCAGAGGUUAUGAAACAGUAGCAGCCAUUUUGGGUCCGUCUGGUUCACCUCCAACAGAAGAUGUAGACAGUGGUGUUGUGGAUCCAGAGGACAGUGCAGUCCCAUCAGAGAGCUCCUCUGAUCCUGUCCCAGAUAUAUCUAUCCUUGUUCAGGAAGCAGUGUCUGGAGAGGCACCGCAUGUUGUGGGUGAAACCAAUCCAACUAUAGAGCUCCCAACCACACCCGAGCCAUCCUUGUUGACGGUGGAACACAAGCAAUCCAACUCUCCAUCGGCAGUGAGACAAGACAGUGAGGAUGGGUUCAUUGGAGUCGAAGGCCCAAGCAGUAUGAGAAAAUGGCCGCCGUUGACGGAGGCUGACCUUACUGAGAUCUCCAGAGGAGAGUUUGUGGUAACUGGGGAAGAAGAGGUUACCCUUGACUCAUGGGCACAAAUAGGGGAGAAGUCAACAUUCAAAGUGCAGGAUGAUGUUGAAGUUUUUUCAGCAAGGUCACCUAUCGAGACAGAAUUAUCACCUUCAUCACACCUGGACAAGGGCCCCCAACACACAAUCACAGAAGAAGACUCCGGCCCUACCUCACAACCUACUGCAGACAAGUUGCUGGUAGAGGACAAGUCUGAAGGAUAUAUAGUACCCAUACCAGAUAAACCCUCUGAUGAUCAGACUGUCACCCCAGUCACCUCAGUUGAAACACAAUCAGAAGUUGCCCCCCCUCAGAGAGGCAGAAAUAAAAAAAGAUCCCUUCCACGAGAGUCUCAACAAAAAGCAGAUGGCCAAGGAAGUGUGGCUACCCAGGAUGUCGCUGCACAGGUAACAACUAAACUGGUCGCUCCUCAUCGUGUGAAGAAAAAAGAGGGAAGUCUUCCUCCAGAAACUCAACAGGAAGCUGAUGAUCAAGGGAUUGUAUUUAAUGUAGUCCCUUCACAGCCUCUAAGGAGAAAAGACAGCCUCAGUCCAGAGCGCAAACAAAAAUCUGAGAAUGUGUCUGCACAGAAGCCCAUUGAUGUAGUCACUUCCUGCUGUCUGAAGAGAAAAGACAGUAAUCUUUUAACAGAACCUCUAGAGAAAGCUGAUGGUCAGAAGGGUUUCGCUACCCAGGCAGCUCCUCAGGAGGUCCCAUCACGGCCUGGCAGUAAAAGAGACCGUAGUCUUUCAACAGAGCCCCAACAGAAAGCUGAGGCCCCUGUCCAGGCGCACACAGAAGUGGUCCCUCCUUGCCGUACUAAGAAAAGAGACCGUAGUCUUCCAGCAGAGUCUCCACACCGACCUUUGAGGAGAAAGGAAAGCUUCACUAAAGACACAUCAACACAGGCAACUAGCCUGGUCCCACCUCCGCGCCCAAGGAGAACCUCUAGAGCCUCCAGUGCAGAACCUUCAGAGAAACUUGGCCAGGGAGCCACUGAACUGAUUCUACCACAGCCAACUCAGAAGGCUGAUGAGCCAGAGAAUUUGAUUGCCCAGGCGGUCACCAAGCUGAUUCCACCUCAGCGCACAAGGAAAGCGUCUUUCUCUACCGAACAUCGACAGAAAGCUGACGAUUUAGAGAGUGCUACUGGUCAGGUCACAACUGUUCCCCUAACACCAGAUCAUGUGCCGACAGAGUCGUACACUGACUUUGGUGUGAGAGAGACUGCCCCCCUCUUGAUCAUCAGAAAAAUAGCCCCGCCAAGGCGCAGCAAGAAAACAAAUUCUACCCCAGUGGAAUCAGGCAAAGCAGAAGAUGUGGUUGUAGAGGCCCUGAAUGCUGCCAACCAGGGGUCUGCAGCACCAUCCCAGAUAGAGGAUCUGAUGAUAGACUCGAUUGAAAAGGUUGAGACUGAGAUGCAGUCUCAGAAAGUCACAGAAAUGGCCACUGAGCCAGUUGAAGAUAAGCCACACUUUGAAGGAGUUGCCGUGAAUUUGACAGUAAUUUAUAGGCCGCUCAUUGACAAUGCAGCUCAGAAGGUAUCAACAGAGGACACUGCGCCAGAAGUAAAGACUGAGGACAAGCAGGAGUACUUACCAGUCCCAAAGCCUCGUGGGAAACGAGACCCGACCCCACCUGUCCAUUUAGAUGCUACCAGACCAAAGACCUGGCAUGCCUCUAGUGGGGAUGACAACGAUUCUACCAGAGAGAGAGGACGUUCACUUGCAGCCUCAGCCUCUGUGCUGGAACCACCUCGACGCAGCAAGAGGAGCAGUAGUCUUCCUCCCGUACCCCCUGGGUGCCAGCCUGCAGCGUCUGGUGAAGUGGUGGUUGUUCCUCUGCGUAGGAGGAGGAGUAGACUAAACAUAGAACAAUCAAGCGUGCCUGUUCCAGUUCCCCGCUCGAAAAAACGCCUCAGUUCCUCUUUCUCCGAUGGAACUCCUUCAAUGGACUCCUCAUUCACUAGGCAGACCGAUUCCCUUGAGGGCUCGUUGUCUCUCUCUCAGGAAGACAAACAAGUCAUCAGUCAGGAAGCCACAGAGGGUUCAAUAUCAUUAACCUCAAGCAUGGUCUCCGAAGGGAGCUUUGUCACAAUUCUUCACUCAGAGGAGAUAUCACCAGAAGUUAUUUUCUGUGAAAAGGGACUGGAGGAGAGUGGGGAGAGCUGGACCUUCACAGAUACCGCUAUGGUCACUGUGACUUUCACAGAUACUGUAAGUGAGGACAUUGAGAGGGGUUCAGAGGCAGAAACUGUCUUUGAGAAGGGACUGGAGGAGAGCAUGGAGAGCUUGACCUUUACAGAUACUGCCAUUGUCACUGAGUCCUUCACAGAAACCCCUAAGUUCUUCGCAGACACUGUUAGUGAGGACAUUGAGAGGGGAUCAGAGGCAGAAGUUCUUGACCAGACCUCUCCAACCACUGCUACACCAGCUGAGGACGACUGGUUACAUGUUAAGGGAGCCAAAGAGACAGAGAAGAUGGAGAUAGAGAGAAAAUACAUGGGGGUUGAAGAGGUGGACUUUGGCUUUGAGUCAGUAGACGUAGCUUCCGGUGGCUUAGAUGAAGAGAGGCAGCAGGAGGGAGCAGAGGAGCCAACAACGCCUGAACGCAGACCUGCAAACUCUCAGGAAAUGGGUCAAGACAGUGCUGCUUCUCCAGAAGGCCUCAUGGCCAGUCCUGGCCUGGUCACUUCCAGCCAGUCACUACUGGAGUGGUGUCAGGAGGCCACCAAAGAACACAAGGGGGUCAAGAUCACUAACUUCAGCACAUCCUGGAGGAACGGCCUGGCCUUCUGUGCCCUUCUACACCACUUCCACCCGGACAGGAUAAACUUUGAGAUGCUGGACCCUUAUGACAUCAAGCGCAACAACAAGAAGGCUUUCGACGGCUUUGCUGAGCUGGGCAUUUCUCGGCUGAUGGGGCCCUCAGACAUGGCCCUCCUGGCCGUGCCUGACCGCCUCAUCGUCAUGACCUACCUCAACCAGAUCCGCACCUACUUCUUGGGCCAGGAGCUGAGCGUGCUGCACAUAGAGGCGGACAGCAGCGAGUCCAGCUACGGCGUAGCCGGGGAGAGCAGGGAGGUCCCCGACCCGGAGGCCGCUGCACGCUACUGUCAACGGAUCCAAGAUGAGACCCUCACAAUGAACACCAAUGGGGGCGCUGCAGAGAAGGAGGCGUAUAGUGACACUAAGGAGGGCACCAAUGGGGACGUGGUCCCGCCCCCUAGAACCAAACGGCUACAGGCUGCAGGGGCAGGAGGAGGGGCCCAGGCCCCCGUCGCACCCCCCAGGACACACUUCUUAUCUGCCAAGUCUGGGUUCUCCCAGCUAAAGGAUGCAGAUCUGGUUAAGAAGCGGCGGUCGCAACGCAGGUCAAUAGACGAGGCAGACACACCCGAGGUUGCUACAGGUCAGGAAGAGGGUGGAGCUACCAGAAGGAAAUCAGAAACAGAAUGGGAAGCUGGUGAAGAAGGACGAUCGGCUGAGGAGGGGUGCCAGGACGCCAGCCAGUAUGCACUGAGUGAGAUGAAGGCCCUGGAGACGGAACAGAAGCACAUUGACAGCAGGGCAGACAUAGUGGAAAGGAGACUACGCCGACUGAUGGAGUCAGGUAGUGACAAGAUGCAGGAGGAGAAGCUGAUUCAGGAGUGGUUCACUCUGGUCAACAAGAAGAACGCCCUCAUCAGGAGACAAGACCAACUGCAGCUACUACAAGAAGAGCAGAACCUGGAAACGAGGUUUGAGAUGCUGAACCGAGAACUGAGAGACAUGAUGGCUAUUGAAGAGUGGCAGAAGACAGCGGCCCAUAAGCACAGGGAGCAGCUGCUACUGCAGGAGCUGGUGUCUCUGGUCAACCUGAGGGACGAGCUGGUCCACGACAUGGAUGCCAAGGAGAGAGGGGCUCUGGAGGAGGAUGAGAGGCUGGAGAGAGGCCUGGAGCAGAGACGCAGGAAGUACAGCAAGAAGAGCAAGGAGGAGAAGUGUGUGCUGCAGUGAGGCCUGGCGCCGGACACACCUGAACCAGGCAGCCCUGUGGAAGGUCACCUGGGUGCACUUUGGGACUGAUGCUGUAUGUGUGUGGCUCAUGACAUCAACACUGCAUGGAGGAAAUUGAGAACAGUGUUAUGUGACUGCACUAAGAGGACGGAAAACGAUGUUCGCCCCUCCCCCCACACCCCUCCAUGAUAUGACUGAGCCUCAAUCCAACCUAUGACUGGUUAUCAUCAGUCGCUUUGCUCUUCAGAUUGUGUUUUGAUUGGAUUGAAGUGUUUUUCUUGUCACAUAUUUUUCUAUAUGGAUGCAGAGUUUGUGUGUACCUGUGUUUGUGCGUGCGAAUGUGUGCGCUGAUGCGUGUCAUUGUGAGUGCAAUCUAUGACUGUAUGGCGUUAUUUUGUAUAUUAACGUCGGGUCACAAAGACAUAUCCCUAACUAACCUAUCACCCGAUAGUUGCCUUACUGUAGAAUCUGUUACAGUAGUGUAUUGUUUCAUGGGUUACGUAUAAAAAGGUAUUUUCCACUGAAUGGCAUAUUAUGGACGGGACAGGGCUCCAGUUACUAUGUAUAACAAAGACCAACUUUAGGCCCAUGCAGCAGGUGGAUUGAUUCACCCGUCUUCACCUCUACAGUUACAUGAAGCUGACAGGAGCGGUCUGUGAUUUAUUGCCAAUUACAAUGGAGAGAUGGACGGCAAGUACUCAACUUGUGCCAAACAAAUGUUGCAAAAAAAGGAUCUUUCUUAUUUCUUGCAGUGUGUUGGCUUGCCCUGUGCAGACGGCACACAGCAAACAUCUGUUGUCUUGAUUGUUUAUCGACGCAGAUGUCGAGGAAAGAAGAAAACCGACAUUGUCGACUAGGUCUUGGUAUUGAAGAUGUUAAAUGCUUACUUGCAGGGCUCCGACGCUCAACCAGAGUGGGAGAUUGUAGGGAGGAAAGGGAAAAGAACUGUGGAGUCUAUACGGUAGCAAGUUUCGUACCCUACAGCUCGGUGUCUGAAAGAACAAAACCGUUUUAACUUAUCCAAAAUAAUUUAUGGUUUUAUUUAUUGAAAAGGUAUUCAACAGAUAAUCUUACAGAUCCAGCCUGUCAAAUGUGCCUUUUGACCAGACCCAUAGUUUUUUUUUAAAUGACUGGAAGUAGGAACUUUGUUCCAGGUCUGGAUAUGUUUAUGCAGUGAGUUUGAGUUCAGUUACUGUUUUGUGACAUUAGCCUUGUAAUGUCUUGUUUUCCAUUGAUUGGGUUUUGUUGUUUUAUUAAUUCAAUGAAUUGACGCAGAAGCUGUGGAGUCUGAAAAGGAAAUGAUCUAAAAUACUAGAGAACAGCAAUAUUCAGAACAGAAAACAUCAGGCAAAUGCAUGUUUUGUAGUAUUACUAUAUAUAGUCUUAUGCACGUGGUUAUGACAGAGGAUGUAAUGUGCAAAAGUGUAUGCAGUAAACAAUUAACCCUAACAUGGUCUAAAAAAAAAACACUUUACUGUUGCAGAAAAAUAUUCUAAGAUUAAAACACCAGCACUUCCUUACUGCAGUAUUACUAUCAUUUGGCCAAGAUUGGACCAGAGGUUGAUAUUAGCUUGACCUCUGCGGCGCAACACAACAGAGUAAAAACUAGACUCUGUCCUGAGUGAUUUUGGGAUGCCAUUUGACUGAGAGUGAAAAACAAUUUGACGGUGAAGUGUUCGAACUUGUGUUCCAGUCUGUGCCUCCUCUGCCACCCUGUUGUUAGUUACUGUGGUAAUGUUUACUAUUCCCUGUGUGAGUUUGAGAAAUGUGCUUUUGAGUUUUCUGAAAUAGCUUUUUGGGGAAGUUUUUCUGUUUGUUUUAAUGUUACGUGUACAUUUGCACUAUUUGUAAUGUUUGGAAAAUAAAAGCUAUUUUGGAUGA